CUUUCUUUCCUUCCUUUCUUUGUCUUCUUUCCUUCUGUCUUGGCUCCGCCCAUCCUGACGCGUGAUUGGACGGCCGCGGUGUGAUUGACAGCUCCAGCGGACACCUGACGCUCGGAGGCUGCGUCAUGCGCGAGGGGGACGCUCCGCGGCGCGUUCGGUGACGGAUCAUCGCGCUCUCCGGUGUCACACCGCACAAUGACGCCGUAGGAAGCGCCUUUUCGCCCGUUAUUUCAUUGUUCCUCCCGCGUCCGCUUGGUGAUGGACGCGUCCGCGGCGAAGAGGGGCGCGCCGAUGCCGGACAUCUGCCCGCUGGACCGGUACGACCCCGCCCGCGCCAAGACCCGCGCCGGUGUGCGCUGGCUGCUCGACCGGAGCCGCGGACCUGAAGAGAGUGUUUCUGUGAAGGAGGAUGGAGGCGUUUCUCCCGAUCUGGAGCACCUCCUGCUGUCUGGUGAUCUGUACUGCAGAGUGUUUUCCUCUCACGCUCUGUCCGGCGUCACAGCGCCACCUAGAGACCUGGGCUCUCUGCUGCAGCUCCUCAGCCGGUACGACCUGAUCCCGCUCCACACGGAGCAGCAGAAGCCGGUCGAUGAGACGCAGCUGAGCCAGAAACCCAUUAACAUGGGGGCCCAUCUGGCCGUGAUUGAUUCUCUGAUGUCACUGAGUGCAAUGGAAACCGUGGGUCAGGUUAAGAUGACGAAGGAGACGGAUCAGUUUGGGUCCAGCAGGAGCUGGGAGAACUCACUGCUCUUCUGGAUCAACAAGGUGAAUCAGAAGUUGCGAGAAAGCACUAAUGUUGAGGAUAAUCCGAAGCCAAACCCCUGCACGGACCUGCAGCCGGCUCAGCCAUCUUGCCCACAGCGCUGGUACUGGAAACUGGUCCCACAUGCCAUCGCAUUUUGUUUGAAGGAGUCGGGGAAUAAGCCUCCUGUGCCAACAUUUCAGCCUCACAUAUUCACACACUCACUCAUGUGUAUCAGUGUUUUGUUCUUCCCCGUCACCCUUCACCUGUCCUGCUGUCGUCUGUGUGUCAGUGAAUCUCAUGAAACCAUGAACAUUUUCCAUAUUUCCUCCCAAAUCCAAAAAAUAAGAAACUCAAUUUUAAAUAAAUUUUUUAAAGUGCUGUAUUUCAAAGGACGGGGCUGGACCAAAAAGCAAAUUAGCCGUCCUCUCUCCGCUGUGGCCUUCAACAUCCCAUUCCCACUGGACAGUGAUGUUGAUGUUGUUAUGGGCAAUCCUCUCUUCCGUUCCGUCAGUACAGACAGCCUCACAAUGGUAACCAACCCAGGUCCUUACACGCCCCCAGAGGAUCUGAGUAAACUCAUUGGUCACGCUCCUCUAGGAGAGUUACCUACCAUAGAAGAAGCAUUACAGAUUUUUCAUACUUCCCGUCCAGUACACAAUGAGCCCCGGCUGCGGCCAGAGGGAGCUCCGUCUGGCUUUUACCUCCACUCCCCUGAGGGGGGUGAAGCCAGACUGAGCAGCUCUGCUCCCUGCCGGUCGGGGAUUAUGUAUCGACCAAUUGGAGGAGGGCCUGAUAGCUGUGGGAACCGCAAACGACAACCUGUUGGUUCACAAGAAAACCAUGAAGGUUUAGAGUGCGACACACCUGAAGACUCUCCCAAAACCUCCUCCAGCCCAGCCAACGGGCCCAAGACUGGUCGCAUGACAAACUUUGCUGAAUGCAGGAAGAAGAUGCCAGAAUCCCCAAGUAAUUCCAGGUCCCAGGAAGUGGAGUCGUUGUUGAGCCCUGCAAUGAUGAGCCCCGUUGGGGCAGUGGAGGCGCAGGAGCUAGGUGCACGUCUGGAGGAGAAACGUAAAGCUAUCGAAGCUCAAAAGAGGCGGAUCGAGGCCAUCUUUACCAAGCACAGGCAGAGGCUGGGUAAGACUGCCUUCCUUCAACUUCAGAAGAAACAGGGGGAAGAACUGGAAGAUGAAGGACAAUCCCUCACUCUGGAUGAACGACUGACACGAAUGGAGCAGCAGCUCCAACAAGAGGAGGACAGAGAGAAGGAGGAUGAAAAAAAGAAAAAGGAGGAGGAGAAGAAAGAAAAUGAUGGAGAGCAGAAGAUGGAGAACGCUGGUGAUGUAGUAGCUCCACCUAAACUGGAGAAACAGGUUACCUUCUCUGUUGAAACGAAGAAAGAGGAGGAGAAAGAGCCACCAUUGGGGGAAUAUAAUGAGGCAGUAGCCAAGCUAACCUCCACCCUACAGUCCCUACAAAGGGACAUGCAGCGCCUUACAGAACAGCAGCAAAAGCUCAUGGGAAAGAAAACUCUGAGUUCUCCGAAAAACACCCCCUCAAAUAAGACACCUACCUCCAGCAAGGCUUGGGUCAUCCCGUCUGGUUCCAAAUCCCCUGCUACACCCCCUCAUCUUUCUAGAGAGUCCACCCGUAUCAUUUCACCCUCUGGAUCUCCAUCACACUCCGGACAACUUUCUGACACACUAAGAUCCCCUAAAAGUUCAGCAGCAUCUGCUCCACGCAAAUCCCGUGGUGCUGCUUCCAAGAGCCCCAAACGGCAACGUCCCUCCCGCCCCACAGACCUUGGUUUCCAGCCUCUCACACGUGUCCUUACGCCCCCACAGAACGUGGACACGCUUCCCCAUCUGCGGCGAGUCUCUCCAAGCCAGUGCCAGGUGCAGACCUGCUCCUCGCUGCGAUUCAGUGGUCCAUGCACGCCCCAGGACUCUCCACCGCAACCUGCUCCGCCUCAAGAGAGCACCUCAGAAUCUGGCUCCAGUGACCAUCACACCCCAAUCUUCAACCUGGAGCUAGAGGCUGGACCUCCUUCUGCACUCCCAGCUGAACUGUUAGGAGGUGGGACCAGCUCAGGAGCCCCGUCAGAGUGCUCAUUUGAAAGCGACAUGCUGCUUAGCAGCGCCCUGGUGAAAGAUGAGACAGAGGGUGCAGGGACGGUGGGAGAUGACACGGAUCUGGAACAGGGCGCAGAAAUAUUCUCAUCGGAUUCCAUGAGCGACCAGACAGAGAAUGAGAGCAAGAUGGGGCUCGAUGUGUUCUUUAAGGAGGAGGGUCUUUCGGAGGAGGAGAUGGCCCAGAAAAGGGCUCUGCUGUUGGAACGACAGCAAAGACGGGCUCAAGAGAUCAAGAAACGUGCAAGACAUGAGCAAGACCCUGAGAACAGUCCACAGGCUUCUCUGGAUGACCUGCGACCUUCUCAAACUCUGCUGCUUUCACAGUCACUGCCCACUUCAUACACCCCACCCCCUCCAUCAAAAGCCACGCCCCCAGGAACACCCUUGCGGCGAGGAGAGUUUACAAAGGCAGAGUAUGAAAGGCGUCUGCAGCUAAAGAUUAUGGCUGAUCUAGGGAAGGUUCUCAAACAGAAACCAGCAAAGCACAGCGGCAAAAAACAACAUGCACACAAAUCGCACAACAACCAUGAACUUACUCACACACGCUCACCGGGGAAGAACAAAACAGUUGUCGCUAACAUGAAAGUUGGCGCAUCUCUAUCGGCUGAAAAGCCAGCGAGUUGUUCAGAGUCGCCCUCAAAGGUGAUGUCAUCAGGGCAGUUGGCCAAUCAGAAUGGGGAAAAAGACUGGGAACAUGCCUUCAAUGCCUCCUCUCCAGCCUCACUCCCAGAAUACACAGGUCCUAAAUUAUUUAAGGAACCCAGUUUUAAAUCAAACAAGUUCAUCAUUCACAACGCUCUCUCACGCUGCUGCCUUGCUGGCAAAGUCAAUGAAUCCCAGAAAAACAAGAUCAUAGAGGAGAUGGAGAAGAGCUCCGCCAGUCACUUCCUGAUUCUCCUGCGUGAUGCCAACUGUCAGUUCCGUGCCAUCUACACCCUAGACGGCCAGUCGGAGGAGCUGCAUCGAAUCUGCGGCGUCGGCCCGCGUGCCAUUUCCUCGUCAGCCGUGGAGGCCAUUUAUAAAUACAGCUCCGACAGGAAACAGUUCAAUACACUUCCAUCUCGUACCCUGAGCAUGAGCGUCGAUGCUUUCACUAUCCCCGCCCAUCUCUGGCACACUAAGAAACAUGGCACGCCCAAAAAAAUGGUGAAGAGAGAGCUGAUGAGAAACACAGAAGAUCCUGCAGCAUUUGUGCCUGAGGCUCCUGUGAGCGUGAGACUCUCAGACAUCAAGAGAUACUAUUUCAGCUCCUGA